UAUCCUUAAACAAACUACUAAACGUAAUCCUAUAAAUACCAAAGCAAGCUGGUCUCAACUCCGAAGUGAGUUACAAAAGAAAUGGCAGCCCAGGGAGCCACACUCAACCACGUCUCUCGAGAGUCCUCCGACAUCAACCGCCUUGCUCAGUUCUACCAGGAGAUACUAGGUUUUGAGAAGAUGGAAACUCCUGAUUUUGGGUUUGGAGUGAUAUGGCUUAAGCUUUCUUCAUCUUUUGCUCUCCAUCUCAUUGAAAGAGAUCCUGCUACUAAACUUCCUGAAGGUCCAUGGAGUGCUGUUUCUGCUGUUAAGGAGCCUUCUGAUCUGCCAAGGGGUCACCAUAUAGCUUUCUCCGUGGCCAAUUUCGAGUCCUUUGUUGACACUCUCAAGGAGAAAGGAAUUCAGACACAUGAAAGGACUCAACCCAAUGGCAAGACAAAGCAAGUAUUCUUCUUUGAUCCUGAUGGAAAUGGUUUGGAGGUUACAAGCCAGUAAGCUGUGGAAGAAAGCAUCAACCUUUUCACUUUACGCAAAGUUGUUUAGUGUGGUUUAUGCAAUAUGCAUCUUAAUAAUGUAAAACAAGCACUCCAUGGUGAUGGGUGGGAACGUAUACCUGGAGUAGCUGCUCUGUAAAAGUACUUAAAAUAACAAUUAUGCUAUGUACAAAGUUGUCCAA